AUGGCACCGCAGCUCGCAUGGAUCGGCCUGGGCAACAUGGGGAGGGGCAUGUGCAAGAACCUCGUCGAGAAGGGAAACCUCGAUAAACCUCUCAUACUCUACAAUCGGACCAAGAAGCGGUCUGAUGAUCUUGCCGCAAGUCUUGGAUCGGACAAGACGAAGGUCGUUGAGACAAUCAACGAUGUAGUCAAGAGCGCGGACAUUAUCUUCAUGUGCUUAGGAGAUGACGCGGCUGUCGACGCGGCCGUCAAUGUUCUCCUUCAAGAAGAUGUGAAGGGCAAAGUUGUUGUCGAUGCUUCGACUGUGCAUCCGGAUACCACCAAUGCUCUUGAGAAACGCUUAACAACGAAAGGUGCAGAGUUUGUUGGCAUGCCAGUCUUUGGGGCUCCUGCAAUGGCCGACUCAGGUAAUCUCAUCUGCGUGCUCGCUGGCGCAGGAAGCUCUGUCGCCAAAGUGAAACCUUUCACCAAAGGCGUUAUGGGACGUGCCGAUAUCGACUACUCGGACCAACCCGCCGGAAAUGCUACCCUCCUCAAAGUCGUCGGCAACACCUUCAUCCUCAACAUGAACGAGGUCCUCUCCGAGGGCCACGUACUCGCCGAGAAGAGCGGACUUGGCACACAGAAUCUCCACGCCUGGAUUGAAACCAUGUUUCCGGGACCUUAUACUGCGUAUUCAACUCGCAUGUUGGCAGGCGACUACUACAAGAGAGAUGAGCCGCUCUUCCACGUCGACCUUGCGCGCAAAGACGCGAGACACGCGCUAGAUCUGGCAGAGAGAGCCGGAGCGAGUGUGCCGGCGUUGAAGGUUGGGGAUGCGCACCUCGCUAAGGUGAAGGAGCAUCUUGGUGACAAGGGGGACAUUCCUAGUAUAUACGGCGCCGUCAGGCAAGAGAGUGGGCUGAAAUUUGAGAAUAAAGAUUGA